UAGCCUCAUCUCAAAACAGCAGCUUACACAGCGAGAUCAGAGGACCCAACCAUGGCACGCUCUUGGACCGCCCCUCUCCUCAUGGCCGGCCUGGCCGCGGCCCUACCGCAAGGCACUCCCGUCGCCCCGUCGCCCUCCGGGCAGGACUGCACCUGGCACGAGGACCACUGGGACUGCUUGGCCGCAUGCGAGACGGUGACUACCACACGGCUCGCUAUUGAUGCGACCGUCACUGACUGGGACGCCUUCCGGUCGUCCAUGGACGCUGAGCACUCGACUUCUGAUGUCCCUUUCACUGGAAGCAGCGUCUUUGUGCACACCUCGCUGUACACCUACCCUGGUGGCAGCUUCACUGGGUACCAGCUGUACGACUCGCAUGCCUUGACGCGUGCCGGCUUUAGCAUCACCACUGAGCUGGUGGCUGAGACCAGCUGCCCGACGACCUUCACUCUGCCGCCGUCGCCGACUGGUGCCAAUUGCAGCCCUCACCAGGACCAUUGGCACUGCGACCCGACCUCUGUGGUGGCACCCACCACCACAGCGCCGCCCGUCGACGACACGGAGUGCACUCCUCACGACGACCACUGGCACUGCCCGCCAGGCGUUGAAGAGCCCCCCUUCCCGCCUGGAGGUCAGCCUGGCCCUCCCACCACCCCCCCUCCGUCGGGCGGCGGCGGUGAUGGCGGCGAGGAAGAAUGCACUCCUCAUGGUGACCACUGGCACUGUCCUCCUGGCGUCGAAGAACCUGCUUUCCCUCCUGGCGGCUCGCCCUCUGACCCUACGACCCCUCCUCCGGCCGGCGGCGAUAGCGGGGAGUGCACCGCCCACGAUGAUCACUGGCACUGCCCCCCCGGAGUCGAGGAGCCUGCUUUCCCCCCCGGCGGCGAGCCGUCCGAUCCCACUGCACCUCCCCCGGCCGGCGGUGAAGAAGAGUGCACCGCCCACGACGACCACUGGCACUGCCCUCCUGGCGUUGAGGAGCCCUCGAUCCCUCCAGGAAGCGAGCCUGGUUCCGGCGACCAUGGGGAUGACCACAGCGGCACCGGCGAGUGCACUGCUCACGACGACCACUGGCACUGCCCUCCUGGCGUUGAGGAGCCCUCGAUCCCUCCAGGAAGCGAGCCUGGUUCCGGCGACCAUGGGGAUGACCACAGCGGCACCGGCGAGUGCACUGCUCACGACGACCACUGGCACUGCCCUGAGGGUGUCGAGGAGCCACCCUACCCUCCCGGCGGAGAGCCUGGUUCUGGAGAGCACGGCGGCUCGGACGAGUCGGCUACCGAGUGUACUGCGCACGACGACCACUGGCACUGUCCCGAGGGCGUCGAGGAACCCGCCAACCCCCCGGGCAGCCAGCCUGGUGCCGAAGGCGCAGGAGGCGCAGAAGGCACCGAGACCGAGUGCACCGCUCAUGACGAUCACUGGCACUGUCCCGAGGGCGUUGAAGAACCCUCGUACCCCCCUGGGGGUGAGCCUGGCUCAGAGGGCGCUGGCGCUGGCGGCGAUGGAAGCGCCUCGGGAGAGUGUGUCGUGCACGAUGACCACUGGCACUGCCCUGAAGGGGUUCCAGAGCCUGAUUCGCCGCCGGCGCCAGAGGUGGUUGAAGUGUCGGGCACUGCUUCGUUCGAUGUGACCAAGGCGACCCUGACGAAGCUGCCUGGCAAGCUGCCUGGGAACUAG